CUCAGCAGCAAAACCUCGAGUCUUCUUUAUCUUUCUCUCAGCAGCAGACGAUUUCUCAAUUUCUUCUCUGUGAUCUGAAUUCUCGCCGAGUGAAUCUGGAAGCAGGCAAGCUCAAAUUUGGUUUUAGGUUUUCAAGCUCUCUGUUCCAAUGCUGCUUCCAAGAUGGUUUGCAGAAGGCUUCUUGCUUCUACUUUCAAUUCUUGCGUGUUCAGACGCUGCAUUUAUCGGUGUGAACAUUGGAACUGAUCUCACCAACAUGCCAUCGCCUUCAGACAUCGUAACGCUUCUCCAAUCGCAACAAAUCACACACGUCCGUCUCUAUGAUGCUAAUAGCCACAUGCUCAAAGCAUUUGCCAACACUAGUAUCGAAGUUAUGGUCGGUGUAACCAAUGACGAAAUCCUCAAAAUCGGACGUUUUCCUUCAGCUGCAGCCGCUUGGGUUAACAAGAACGUUGCUGCUUAUAUUCCUUCAACUAAUAUAACCGCCAUUGCUGUUGGUAGUGAAGUUCUCACCACCAUUCCUCACGUGGCGCCGAUUCUCGCCUCGGCUCUUAACAACAUUCACAAGGCACUUGUGGCUUCUAAUCUCAACUUUAAGGUCAAAGUUUCCAGCCCUAUGUCUAUGGAUAUAAUGCCUAAACCGUUUCCUCCAUCUACAUCGACCUUUAGCCCAUCGUGGAAUACCACGGUUUACCAGCUCCUCCAGUUUCUGAAGAACACCGGUUCUUUUUUUAUGUUAAACGCGUAUCCUUACUACGGUUACACAACCGCUAAUGGGAUUUUUCCGCUCGAUUACGCGUUGUUCAAGCAGCUUUCUCCGGUGAAGCAGAUUGUUGAUCCCAACACGCUUUUACAUUACAACAGCAUGUUUGAUGCUAUGGUUGAUGCUGCUUACUACUCCAUGGAAGCUUUGAAUUUCUCCAAGAUUCCUGUUGUCGUCACGGAAACAGGCUGGCCUUCGUCUGGAGGAAGCGAUGAAGCGGCUGCAACUGUUGCUAAUGCGGAGACAUUCAACACCAACUUGAUCAAACGAGUGUUGAACAAUUCAGGUCCUCCUAGUCAACCAGACAUACCGAUAAACACUUACAUCUACGAGCUGUACAAUGAAGACAAACGAUCCGGACCAGUCUCUGAAAGAAACUGGGGGAUUUUGUUUCCAAACGGGACAUCGGUUUACCCUCUGAGCUUGAGUGGUGGCUCUAACUCUGCAGCUCUAAACGAUUCAUCGUUGUUCUGCGUGGCUAAAGCAGAUGCUGACGAUGAUAAGUUGGUUGACGGUUUGAAUUGGGCGUGUGGUCAAGGCCGAGCUAACUGUGCCGCAAUUCAACCGGGCCAACCUUGCUAUCUCCCGAACGAUGUAAAGAGCCAUGCUUCUUUUGCUUACAAUGACUAUUACCAGAAGAUGAAAAGUGCAGGUGGAACUUGUGACUUUGAUGGUACAGCCAUCACUACGACUAGAGAUCCUAGCUAUAGAACAUGUGCAUAUACGGGAAGCUUAAACGCAAACUCAACGGGAGGGAACUUUCCUCCGAAUGCGUUAGGCCCCGUAAGUCCACUGGGAGGAAAUGCAAACGCACUUAUCAUCUCUAGCUACCAUCUUCCCUUCUUGGCACCGUUAGCUCUCACGCUGUUACAACUGUUACUUCAGCACUGACCGCCUUUUGUAGAACGUUUGCCAAAACGCGGUUUUGUAGUAACCGGAGAAGUCUACCGACGACUCGUUUUUUUCCGGUUACCAGUAUUUAUUGUUUAACUUUGGUUUUAGUGUAAGUGUAACUAGAGACUAGAGAGAGCUCACAAGUUCCCAUUCUUUUUUUGUCUCCAUCUUUGAACUAAAAUUUUCGAGUAAGA